UCCCCACAAUGGCAAAAAAAAGCCCCAUUGACUUCAUGUUGAAAUGGUGAGUGGGAAAAUCGUUCUCAACGUGAUUCAUGAGCCAUUGGUCCAGUGCAGCAUCCACAGUCACGUUGGUUCGCUGACAAGACGCAGCUUUUCAGUGCAUUCCAACGAGGUUAUUGUGACCCCAUAAUAAAAAAAUCAUCAUCAUUGAAAUGAGCACGUUUUCAGGCUCUUAGCAGGAAGUAUACUGCGUCCUGUUAAGUGAUGACAUGUGGACACAACAUCUUAUUCACUAAACCCCUUGCAUUUGUAUUUAUGACACUAAGCAUGUAUCAAUGUAUCCGUCUGUUGCUUCAUUAUUAUGUAUCCAAUAUUCUUAAAACUGUUGAGCCAUUGUAUCUGUGAAAGCGCUGUUCUUUUUCUUAUGCAAUAUAAUGACCCGAGACCUGAGGAGAAAGUAACUUCCCAAUCAGAGUAUUUUCUCAACGCAAAUGCGUGUUCUUCAGACGUUUGAGAGACAAAAAACAGCCCAAAACGUUGACAUUUUAUUAACCUCUUUUCUCCAAGAAAAUAGGCUACAAAUACAACUGCGUUUUUUUACGCAAUCAUUUUUGCAGAAAGACAAUAAAUGAUCUUUGAACCAUCCCAAACACCUUAGCAACCGUUGUGUAACCACAUUGAUAAAACCGCCCGGUAAGGAAUAAGCAGUAAGCCGGUCCAACCGUGCAGAGUGCAUGAAAAAGAUAAAAGGCUAUAAGUCACAAAUGUAUGGUCUACAAAUGCUGUGGUACCUUCAUGCAGGCACAAGAAUAUAGUUGUAAGGUUAUUAGAGCAAAGUGAUGUUGCCCUGUUGCUGAUAAAGAGAAAACGUUGUGCAUCCUGAGUGUAGCAACACAAUAUCCUGUUUGGGGGCAGAUGCAUUCACAUGUUGAGGUUGUUUCUCCAGCAUCUAUCAUAGCAUUUUGUAUUUUCACUUCCUCUUUGGUUAUUCUCCUUUCUGACACAGAAGGCUGUGCAGAAAUAUGAACUUUUGUGACCGCAGAGAUUGUUCUUAUGAGGCCUGUAAUUAGGACUAUUGCAACAAGCAUGGCGUCUUGGUCAUUUCACCCCACAUUCUUCUGGCAAAUCCCUAUCUUUAAUUAUGUUUACGGUCAUAAACCGUGAAGAAAGAAAAGACGACGUGCUUUUGCAUGUUUUCUUUCACCUGCCAAGUCCUGCAGAUGAACAUUAACCUCUAAGGUUGAAUCGUGAUUCGUGUUAAUUAAUGUGCACUGUCUCUUAAAUGAUAUUAACAUAACAUUUGAUCUUGUUCCCUUGUUGUUAGUUUUGUGCUCCAGAAGCUCCUAUGAGCACAAUGUUAAGAAUGCAUUAUGCUAUUGAAGGGUUUUGUGGUGUUUGAGCACAUUCGUGUUGUCUGCUACCUAGAGUUGUUUGACUGUUAAUGAACAAGGUCAUUUCUAAUAGAUUUUUUUAGAAAAUAUCUUAUGCAUGGGAACUAGAACAUUUAGUAUCUCAUAUUCCUGGUAUUUUUAUAUCCCAGUUUCAAAGUGGGAUAAGAUUUAGUAAAGCUCGCCCACCUUCAUGCUCAAAUUAUUUGUGCAAAAUUCAUCAAAAAAAAUCUUUACAUGUAAAAGUCCGUUCAUCAGAAGAGGAUUCUGGGAAAAACUUUGACCGCAUUCAUAUUUACUGAGACAAAGAAUACAAAAACCUAGUCUUUAAGGCCAUAUGAAACAUCCACAGUAACCUUAGGUGAUCUUUAUCAAAUGUGUCACUGAUAUCACCUCAGGAACAUGCUGAAGGAUCAUAAAGGCAAGCAACGGAAACGUAAAGCAGGUCACCGACAACACUCUGGACCGGGUCCACUGAUAAGGAAUCACAGCCGCAGCAGAAUUGUUGUAGUAAAAGUUGCUUUACAGUAACUCAGUCAUCAUCUGAGGGUUUGCAGGGGAAGAGGUCACACUUUAAGGAUCUUUACCUUUUCUUUGGAUUUGUUUGCCAUGUGUAAUGUUUCACCAGACAUGAAGCAAGUCGUUUUUCUUCUCUCGGUGUUCUCGGUCCUCGUGUCUUCUUGUCCUGAUGGGUCUUUCAACUGCACACCUGCAUGUCUCCCCCCUGGACUGGUCUGUGAUUUUAACAAAGACUGUGCAGAUGGCUCAGAUGAGGACUAUUGUGGGCCGUGUGACUUUGAGCAUCACAGCUGCGGGUGGAAAGACGUCAGUAGCAGCUCCUACCGCUGGACGCGGCAGAUGGCAAACAUCACCUCGGUACCUGGACUGGACCACACCACAGGAAAGCCGUUUGGACAUGUCAUGCACAUAAAUAGCAACCAAAGCACUGUUUUUGGUGCGGCUGAAUUGGAGUAUUCAGUUGACAACGUGGCAGCUCUGGGAUGCCAGAUGAGCUUCUGGUAUCACAUUUACAAUACGUCGUCAACCUCAUCAGCAUCGUCCUUUGAGGUAACGAUGAUCAGAGGCCACGCUGAGGAACAGCUGCUGAAGCUUUCUAAAAUAAAGACCAACGGUUGGGAGAAUGCCACCGUUUUCAUUGGAAAUCAGCCGGGCGGAUACAAGCUGCGAUUUUCCUUCAGCCCGGCAUUCAGUGUGGACAGCGACGUUAUGUUGGAUGAUGUCAGCUUUGACUACUGUAGAGACGGAGAUUUCCCCACCGGAUCGAACCAACUCUCCUGUGAUUUUGAAAAAGACACCUGCUCAUGGAACCACGACUACACUGCCAGCCUUUUGUGGAAAAGGAGUAAAAUGGCAUUCGAUGAAGUCCCACCUGCAAAGGGCUACUUCAUGAUCAUAAAUGCCAGAUCCAACCAUAUCUCAUCAACAGCCAGACUCAUCAGCUUCCCUCAGCCUGCAGGUCAAGUCCUUUGUGUGAGCUUCUGGUACCACAUAUUUGGCAACAGCAUAGGUUCAUUGAAGUUCAUUACAAAGCAUUCUGGGGAAACGGAGACGGUUGUAUGGAUGAGAAGUGGCACCCAGGGGAACAAAUGGAGAUUUACAGAUCUUACCUUCAAAAGUGACAAACCAAUACAGUUCGUUAUAGAAGCCGUGGUGGGAGGAACGCAGGGCAGCAUCGCCAUUGAUGACGUGACGGUGCACAGCAGUGAGACGGGCUCCUGUCCGCCCGAGAGAGAGUGCACCUUCCAGGGCUCCCUCUGCGGCCUGCUGCCCCAACCGUCCGCAGACUUCAGCUGGAGCCGGAUCACCGGGGCGUCCCAACCCGCCAACUCUUCAGGCCCGUCCGCCGAUCACACGCUGGGGACUGAGCAAGGUUUCUACCUGAGUGCCCGGUUGUGGAGUCACCUUGUGGGGUCCAGAGGCGCAGUGAUGACUGAGGUGAUGGAGCCCACUGCUGCUGAUGGGGAAUGCCUAAUGUUCUGGUACUACAUGGAGGGAGGGGAAGUGGGGGAACUCAGUGUUUCCCUCCAAACCCUCGGCAGCGACAGUGUGCAGCUGUGGAGCAGAAGUGGAGAUCAGGGACGGCACUGGAGGCACGGAAGGGUGACUCUGCUGAGUCCCAAUGACCCGUAUCAGGUGGUCUUUGAGGCUGUGGUUGGAGAUAGCGGACAAACAAUCAGGAGAGAUAUCGCCAUCGACGACCUCACGGUCCUGAAUGGCGCCUGUCCUCCACCAGGAUUCUGUGACUUUGAAAUGGACUUCUGUGGUUGGGUGAACAGUCCUGCAGAAGGGUCCCACGUGGACUGGGACUGGCUCUCAGGGGCCAGCGAGGGUCAACAUGUUCCAAAUAAGGACCACACGACAAAUUCUGCUUUGGGCCACUUUGCCACCUUCUCACAUCUGCCUGGUGGCGAAGGCGUUGCACAACUGGAGAGUGAGACCAUGGCGGCAGUGGACCGAGCUUGCCUGGAGAUCUGGCACCGAGCUGGAGGGUGGGGAUCUGGGCCCUCAGACAUUACACUAAACGUGUUGGUGAAUGAGACUACUGGACUGCGCCCCGUUUGGACUACAAAUGGAUUUUCCAAUAAGCCGUGGAUGCAGGACCGGGUGGACUACAACGCGUCAGGGCCUCACCAGAUAAUACUGCGAGCCAAUUCCUCUUCAUCUUUGAGCUGUGCCUUUUCGCUGGACGACAUCCACAUCAUCAGGGGCAGUUCUUGUAAUGACGUUGUCCCGACGACCACUCCAAACCCUCCCGCCCCGACCCCCACUGCUCCUGCCUCCGACAUGGACUGCACCUUCGAAGGAGGUCUAUGCAACUGGGUUCAGGAGGCCAGUGAUGAUUUGAACUGGAUUCUCAGCAGUGGACUUAUGGGGGACCAGCCAUGGGAUGGACCUCAGGAUGAUCACACUGUUGGGAACUAUCGAGGUUUUUUCUUACUGUUGAACGGAUCUGGAUCUAAGGACGGGGAGAGAGCAGCCGUCUCCGUCCCCGCCGUCGACCUGACGUCAAACAUCUGUGUGGGUUUCUGGUUCUACAUGCUCGGGCCGUCGGUGUCCGCUCUGGACCUGCUGGUCGAGACGAGCUCCUCUGAGCUGUUAGUGUGGACCCGUCGGGGGACUCAGAGUCCGGAGUGGAUCAACGCUCAAGUCACCGUCAACAUGAGCGAUAUCACACGGGUGACGUUCGCCGGCCACAGGAACAGAAACAGUCGAGGAUUCAUCGCCGUGGAUGACAUUCGAGUGAAGGAGGGGCCCUGCAGUGAUCAGCACGUGUGUGGGUUCGAUUCCGGCUGGUGUGGCUUUGAGAACGUUGUGGACCGCAAGGGUCGCUGGGGUCGCGAAAGAGGCUCUGAACAUCAGGUGGAUCACACGUACGGAACUGAAAAUGGUUUCUACAUGACUGUGAUGACAUCGGACUCCACACAGAUUGAAGUAGCUGAGCUCCUAACACCCAAUUUCCCCUCGGCUAUGGAGAUAUGUGUGCGCUUCUGGUACUGGAUACCUGAAGGGUCCUCUAACACCCUUGGCGUGCAUGUGCUGUUCAGCGGGGAGGUGGGCGAAGAACUUUGGCAACGAUCCGGAGCGGCCACUUCAAACUGGGAGUUAGCAGAGGUCACUGUGUCCUCGCCUGGAAACUUCCAUGUCGUGUUUAAAGCACUCCAUGUGCCAGGUAGCAACUCUACGGUGAAAUUGGAUGAUAUUUCCGUGAGGGACGGGACCUGCAGGCCUCCAGGCAGCUGUGACUUUGAGUCUGGACAGUGUGCUUGGGUCAAUAUCCCCAAAGAAGAUGGACAUGCCUGGGUGCUGGCCAGUGGAGGCUUCCAGGGUCCACCGACAGACCACACCACUCAGACCGCAGAGGGCCGGUUCUUGUUGAGCUCAUCAAUGCACCAGAACCACAGCAGCAAAGCGCAGGUGAUGUCCGAAUGGAUCCACCUGAGAGACGUCACCUCCUGCGUCGCCUUGUGGUACCAUACGGACGGCAGCGACUCUGGGACGUUGAAGGUGUACAUGCGUUCAGGGCCGUCGCAGGACCACCUGGUGUUCAACAGUAACAGCAGCGCGAGCGGCUGGACCAGGUUCUCUCACACGGUGGAGACGAUGAAACCUUUCCAGCUGCUGAUCGAAGCGGAGAGCAACAGCAAAGGAUUUAUUGCCGUAGACGACGUCAUCGUGGCACCGGGCCCUUGUCAAGUGAAUGAAACGGAUUUGGGAUUUGUGGGUUGCUCAUUUGAAAACGGAACCUGUGGCUGGGACGACCGCAGUUCGGGCCAGUGUCAGUGGACGAGGGGCAGAAAUGGCACUGGGAACACUGGACCCUCCGUGGACAACACAUUGAGCACUGAACUGGGUUGGUACUUGGCUGUGGCGCCUAAACGAGGAGAUGAUGUGAGUCUUGCUGCCGUGCACAGUCCCCCCAUGAGACAGGCCAGCGCCACCUGCACGCUGCACUUCCACUACAGCAUGAAUGGAGAGGACGGAGAGAUGCUGAAUGUGCUUCUCAACGAGGGCUCGAGGACCACUGCACUGUGGUGGCUAUCCGGUAACCAUGGAGACGCGUGGCACCCCGCUGAGGUAACGGUUGGUCGAAUUCCCCAGGACUUCACCGUGCUGUUUGAAGCCUGCAGGUCCUUCAACAGGCCUGGACACGUCGCCAUCGACGACAUCCACUUCACCAACUGCACGCUGCCUGAGCCCGAACCCUCGUGUCCGCCCAAUACGUUUGUGUGCAACAACAGUGUGUGCGUUGAGCACAGCCGAGUGUGUGACUUCAGCGAUGACUGCGGGGACUGGUCUGAUGAGAGAAACUGUGAGCGACGGGGUGUGGUUGAGCGCUGCAGCUUUGAACAAGGCCUUUGUUUCUGGGAGAAGAACGAGGUGGACACAGCUGCGGUUGGGUGGACGCAUCACAGAGGACAGGAAGCGUGGCCCAAACACGGGCCUCCCAGGGAUCACACCUACAACUCUGACGCAGGUCACUACGCCGUGCCGGGGAACCUGAUUGAGAACAGCGAAACAUCAGAGACUCUCUCCAAAACUUUGCUACCCAGCUCCAACUGCACCGUGAGAUUCUUCUACUUCGGCCUGGACGAUGUUACGGCGAGGCUGACGGCGCGGUCCAGGAUGCUGCGUUCUGGCAGUGGGGACGCUUUGUUGUGGUGCUGGGAAAACUCACAGAGCUUCAGCUGGCGGAGGGCAGAGGUCACGUUCUCCUCCUCGGUCAACAGCAAGAUUGUGUUCAGGUACGAGCGCGGGGAUGGUCUCGGAGGGCUGGUCGCGCUGGAUGACGUCUCCUUCUCAAGGGAGUGUCUCUUCGACCCCGACAACAACAAACUUCCCGACCCAUCCACCACCUCGGCCCCGCCCACCUCUGCUACUGCACCCUGUCAGGAUGGCGAGUUCCUCUGCUGGCGGUCACCUGAUAAAGUCUGCAUCCCGGCAGCUCUACGGUGCGACUACCAUCCAGACUGCCCGCAGGCGGAGGACGAGGAUGGUUGCGGUGGGUGCACGUUUGAGAGGGACCAGUGCGAGUGGACAGACACCAGUGAUGGACACGGCCGGUGGCAGAGACAGAGAGCCAGUAACGACACUGAGCCUCCCACCGAUCACACUGCAGGGACAGGCUACUACAUGAGAGUGAAUUUGAGUCGGGAGUCCACACAGACUGAGGCCCGACUGCAGAGUCCCCCACUUGCCCCUUCCUCCCUCUACUGCCAGAUUCUGUUUCACUUCCACAUAAGUGAAGCGAGUUCUGGGUCACUCAGAGUGCUUAUGCAGCAAGCUGACGGGAGUGAAGCAAUCCUUUGGACACGCAGUCACAACACUGGCGCCGAUUGGACCCCAGAGCGUGUGCCUGUAGGCCGGCACCAGCAGCCGUAUCAGGUUUGGUUCAGCGCGCUCAACGCCGCUGCUGUGGACGACAUCUCAUUCAUCAACUGUGAAAUAUCCUACCCGCCGCCGGCUCUGGCGGCCGGUGGCUGCUCUUUUGAAGACGGGCUGUGUGUUUGGGUCCAGGGGGCCGAAGAUGAGCUGGACUGGCUCAGCAAUUCUGGACCCACAGAAACGCCCAACACCGGGCCUGCAGGAGACCACACCACCGGCAAAGGUAAAUACAUUUACAUCAAAAGUUCCCGGCCAAGUGUGAAGGGAAACGUGGCCCAGCUGAAGUCCACGCUGCUGCCGUCUGCUGGGGACCAAGGAUACUGUUUCACCUUUUGGUACCACAUGUUCGGAGCUACUGCCGGCUCCUUGAGGAUGCUUCUACUAACGGCUGAACCUUUGAAGAAAACAUUGGUUUGGCAAAACUCAGGAAAUCAAGGGGAUGAGUGGCUGCGAGUGCAGAGCCACGUGACCUCGCAGAAUGUCCACCAAGUGAUCCUGGAAGCCACUGUGGGGGGAGAAGCAGGAGACAUUGCAAUCGAUGACAUCUCUCUCGUCGGUGGACCAUGUCCUGCGUCUGACGCCUGUGACUUCGAGGAGGGGAGCUGCGGCUGGCAGCAGGGGACCACCGAUGACUUUGACUGGGUCAGAAUGUCGGGCUCCACCCACAACCCCAACACGGGGCCGGAGAGCGACCACACCACCAACACCCCCGCGGGCCACUACUACUGCCUGCCCUCCUCCGCUGCCGACGCCGCGGGACAGACGGCCAAAAUGUCGUCUCCACUGUACCCAGCGGGCAAAGGAGCUUGCUUGCAGCUUUGGUACCACAUGUACGGCAGAGGAACGGGGCUGCUGAACGUCUACCAGCAGAGUGAAGAAGGGAAGCGAGCUCUGAUCUUCUCUCAGACAGGAAACCAGGGUCGGCUCUGGAGGUUUGCUCAGGCCUCCCUUCUGCCCCGGGUUCAGCCUUACAGGAUCGUGGUGGAAGGCGUGAAGGCCGGCCCCACCCAGGAGGGAGACAUGGCUUUUGACGACGUACAGCUCACAGACACUCAAUGUCCUCCUCCGGGACACUGCGACUUUGAGAGCAACUGGUGCAGCUGGAGCAACCUGGGGGGGGGAGUCGACCAGGGGGACUGGCUCCGUGGUAGAGGAGCCUCCCCGAACCCCAACACGGGGCCCAGCGUCGACCACACCACCAACUCGACACACGGUUUCUAUCUGUACGUGGACAGCUCCGUGGGCGAGUGGGGAGACUUGUCCUUCCUGGUCAGCGAAGUGUUCCAGCCGUCCCCCAGAGGUCACUGUCUGACCUUCUGGUACCACAUGUACGGCAGCCACGUCGGGACUCUCAGAGUUUACAUAAAUGACAGAAAAACACACGCUGGUGACAAUGAAGAAGGGAUUCUGAAGUGGAUUGAGACAGGAAACAGAGGGGACGAGUGGCAGGAGGCCAGCGUCACUGUUAAACAUAGUGAAGCAUUCUGGUUUGUGUUUGUUUAUCAGCGGGGUAUGAAUACAGGUGGGGAUGUUUCCCUUGACGACAUCACUAUCCUCCCUGGAGGCUGCUACUCGGAGCCCCCCAUUGACCCGCCUGAGGACAAUAGUGACACGUUGUCUGUGGGUAUGGCUGUUGGUCUGACUCUGCUGGCUGGACUCUUCAUCUCCGUCUUCCUCUUCGUGCUGAACAGGAACUUGAGUAAAAUGGAACAUCCGACAAUUAUAACCAGCGACGCACGUGAAGACAACUCUGCAUUGGACCUCGUCGAGGGCAGAAUAGAUGGAACUCAAGGUGGAACUGAAUCACACCUCUCCUUCUUCAACCGUCUGUAUAAUCCAUCUCCAGCUGUGACUGACACCACAGUAGCUCCAUCUGAUGCUUAGUCAACUCUGAUUAAAAACAAAUGUGUUCAUGGAGAUAUUUUGAUGCCAAUUGUAAAUGUUGUUUAGAAUAUUCAAUAUUGAUUUUAUUGGGGAAUUUUGCUGGGGCAAGAUCGGAUCAGCGGAUGAGAAGGUAUUAGUGACUCAUUAGUUUGAAUAAUGACAACUGGAUUAAGGAAUACAUGAGCAAAUGUAUUACUUACCUACCUUGAGUGUUAGCAAAUGCUAAAAAACAUUUUUUAGAAGAAAGAAUUAAACAUACACAUGGUGUAGCUUGUUUAUGUUAUUGUUUAGUAUGCAUAAAAGACAACGGUGUUGGUCUUUCCGUUUAACAAUUUAUUAAUCAAUGUUUUUUAAUGUGUUUUUUUUUUUACCGCCUUAUUUAAAUUGCAAUAAUGAAAGUGUACAGCUGAA